AUGGACAUCCACCGCGCCCGCUUCAUACCCUACCCACCGUCUGCCAUAAAUGCGCUCGCCUUUUCGCACGCCAGCCCGGGUCCGAUCACAACGAAAAAAGGCACACAGGAUCGUGCGCCAGACCCCUCCUGCUUACGCCUCGCCAUAGGCCGCGCGAACGGCGACAUCGAAGUCUGGAAUCCGGCGAAAGGCACGUGGUUCCACGAAAUCACGCUGCAUGGCGGGAAAGACCGCAGUGUCGAGGGUCUCGCCUGGACGCAAGAGCCGAGUGAAGAGGACGAGAAUGGCAAGACUCAGCCUGGCCAAUUGCGGCUGUUCAGCAUAGGCUACUCGAGUACUGUGACCGAGUGGAACCUGCUCACCGGACUUCCGCUGCGCCAUUCCAGCGGCAGCCUCAGCCAAGUAUGGUGUCUAGCGGCGCAGCCGAAAUGGACACCUUCGAGUGAUGGAGCCCGGGCCGGGGAGUUUCGCGGUCAAGAUCUGGCCGUCGGGUGCGCCGACGGAACACUUGCGAUCUUGUCUACGGAAGACAACGAACUCCAGUUCCGGAGAAAUCUCUCGAGAGCUGCCGCCAAGAAGGCAAGAGUGCUCAGCGUGACCUACCAGACGCGAGACGUUGUCGUUGCCGGCUUCGCGGACUCGGCGAUCCGGGUGUACGAUGCCAGAAACGGAGCCCAGAUACGCAGCAUCUCACUCGUCUCCAAGAAAGAGUCACGCGGGAAAGAGACGCUGGUCUGGGUUGUUCAAAUUCUGCCAAACGGCGAUAUCAUCUCAGGAGACUCGAUGGGCGAGGUUCGCGUCUUUGACGGCAAAACGUACUCUAGCUUGCACAGACUGCAGACUCAUGAGGCAGAUGUGCUUAGUCUUGGUGUCAGUCAGUUCUCAAAUCUCUUCUUUAGUGGGAGUACAGAUCGCCGCACUGUGGUGUACAAUCAAAAGAUUGCCGGGAAGAAGGCACGCAAUCAGUGGAAUCGCCUGUCGCACCGGCGAUAUCACGAGCACGAUAUCAAGGCCAUGGCCGUCUACGAAGGCAGAAGUGUUGAUGUUCUUGUCUCUGGAGGUCUCGAUGCCAACCCGGUCCUUGUACCGAUUCGGGAUCACGGUCAGCAGUACAGCCGCACACUGCCAAUCGUACCACAUCGCCCACCCAUGAUCACUUCGAAACGAGCCCGCAUGAUUGUGAGUUGGUGGGAUCGAGAGGCUCGCCUAUACAGAAUUCCACACAAGGCUGAGGAUAGUACGCCGAGCUUGUUAGCUCGACUUGCUCUACAAGGUGAAGAGAACAUCUCAUGCGCUGCUCUGGCCGACGACGGAAGUCUGCUAGCCCUUGGUACCGCAGCAGGAAUCCGAGUAUUUCAACUGUCUGCCAAAGCGUCGGAGCCUGGUCAAGUCAAGAUUAGGAAGCUAGACGGGCCGGAGGUUGUUGGUGCUCGCGUCCUGACAUUCUCCCCGGACGCAAGAUGGCUUGCAGUAGUCACUACAACAAGCGAUUGCAGACUUUUACGCAUAUUGCCCGGCCAAGAUGGACAGAAAGCCAGUUUGCUGCGGCACGUUGUUGUCUUACAAAGGAGUCAGAGAGACCAGAGAGGGCACACCGAUGGCUUGAACGGAGCCUGGGGCCGUUACGAUGCCACAGUGGUACAGGCAGCCUUCUCCUCCGACAGCAGAAUACUUGCGGUUGCCGACCUCGGGGGUCGUAUAAAUAGUUGGGUCCUAGAAGGGCACGAGGACUCUACUGCUCCUGAGCUGGACCUCUCAAAGCCCGCCAAGCAUACCUCGUCAGAUGAUGACGAGAGCAGCGACGACCCCGAUGACGACGACGAAGAUCAGAUGGCCGUCAUCAAAGGGCAGCAUUGGAUUCCGGAUGCCAGGGCUCUUCCCAGACUCGACUCCUCACCGCUCAUUCUAUCCUUCCGGCCCUCAUCUCCAGAGCACCAAGUCGAGCCUAAUGGCAAUCCCGGACUUCAUCCCACGCGUCAUACCCCACAUGUAAAAUCACACGACCUACCUCGCGGGGAGCAUCGCCUUUUCGUGGUGACAGCAAGACACCGAUUCUACGAGUUUGACGUGCUGAAAAACGAAAUGACGAGCUGGACGAAACGCAACCCUUCGUCCAACCUGCCGGAAGAAUUCCGCGCUCUGAAGGAUCUGGCCAAGGGGUGUUUCUGGGACACCACCGAGGGCAAAGACCGGCUGUGGCUCUACGGCAGCAACUGGCUGUUCAUGUUCGACCUCUCCCAGGACUUUGUGUCGAGCAGCGGCGAUGCCGUGGCCGGCAAGAAACGAGACUUUCACGAAGUGCUGGAGCAGCAAAAGGAGUCUACCGGUGCCGGCGAUGUGGUCAAGGGGCGAGAGCAGGAAGGCGUCGGGCGAAAGAUUCGGAAGAUCACGGCGAACGGCACGGGCCAGACGGUGGAAUGGAUCGAAAGGAAGCGGAACAAGCAGGAACGUGACGACGAUGACGACGAUGACGACGACGUCUUGGCAUUGCCGCCAUUGCAGCGAGACACCGAGGAAGAUGGCCCGAAUGGCAAUGGCGGGACGACGACGACGACGACGACAACGGAGUUGGUGUCGAAGAGUCGAGGCCGAGGCCCUCGUUACUGGUAUACGCUCAAGUACCGCCCUAUCCUGGGCGUGGCUGCUAUCGACAAUAACAAAAACAACGACAACCAUGGCCAGACCCACGCAGCAAAUGGAGACGCAUCCACCCGGCCUGCACGCCUCGAGGUCGUCCUCGUCGAACGCCCGUUCUGGGACUUGGACUUGCCGCCUAGGUUCGUCGGGCCCAACGAGCGCGACAAGUAA